CUCUCUCUCUCUCUCUCUCUCUCUCUCUCUCUCUCUCUCUCUCUCUCAUGGUGUGAGGUUUUCCUGGCUCCUGACUCACGACUCUGGUGGCACCAUGAGUUCGUGCAGCAGCCGCGCUCUGACCAUCCUGUCCACGGUGUUCGGAGCCUGUGGGCUGCUGCUGGUGGGGGUGGCCGUGUCCACUGACUACUGGCUCAUCAUGGUGGAAGGAAUCAUCCUGCAGCAAAACCAGAGCAUGGAGGUGAAGAUGGCUCUGCACUCUGGCCUGUGGAGGGUGUGCUUUGUGGCAGGAUCAGAGAACGGGCGAUGUGUUGCAUCGGAGUACUUUACCGAACCUGAAAUAGAGAUCACCACCGAAAACACAGCGAACAUCCUGAAGAUGGUGCGCACGGCCACACCUUUCCCAAUGGUGUCCCUGCUCUUCGUCUUCACCGCCUUCGUCAUCAGCAACAUCGGACACAUCCGGCCUCAGCACACCAUCCUGGCCUUCGUGUCUGGCAUCUUCUUCAUCCUCUCAGGCCUCAGCCUGGUGGUGGGUCUGGUCCUCUACAUCUCCAGUAUUAAUGACGAGGUGAUGAAUCGGCCCAGGGAGCCCGAGCAGUUCUUCAAUUACCACUACGGCUGGUCCUUCGCCUUUGCUGCCUCGUCCUUCUUACUCAAAGAGGGAGCUGGUGUGCUGUCCGUCUAUCUGUUCAUGAAAAGAUACGCAGAAGAGGAGAUGUACCGCCCCCACCCCACCAUCUACCGCCCCCGCCUGUCCGAGGGUAGCGACUACAGUGGCCAGUACCUGCACCCAGAAUCCUCCUGGCCCCCACCGAAGCGAGGCCGCAGCACCUCGGAGCUCUCCAGCGACAUCUCCAUUCAGCUCAACCAGACGCCGCCGGCGCCUCCAAAGACCACCCUCCAAGUGGGCGGGCAUAUCAGUCCCCCCUCUGCUUCCUCCUCGGCAGGCAGCUACCAGAUGCCCCCACAGGCUGCCGGAUACCCCUCCACGCACACCCUGCCCAGGUCGCACCCCUCACACCCUCAGGGUCAAGCUCUUCCCAUGACCAUGCCGCCACCCCCCGUGUCUCCCCCUCACUAUCACACCCACGUGCACAUGAGCGCCUCCCCCUGUUAGGAGGAGGGAGCGUCCAGAGGAGACUCAUCUGUACUGCACAUUUUAAAUGUAGAUGGGAGGAAAACCUGAGCUUUGAUCACACAUCCUUUCAGAUGAUCACAAGACAAAAAAAGGUGAUUUGGGGAUCAAAUCCAAGAACAGCAGCCAUUAAGGAAACAGAUUUUAUAAAUAAAAAAAAAACUGAAGACUUUAAAAAACUGCAUUGGACCAAGAGACCUGAACAAGCAGAAGCAAGAAAAUAAAGUAAACAAGAAUGUAAAUGAGGAGGGAAAGUGUUCCCUGGAAAUACAUUACAGGUUUGGUUUAGUGACAGAGGAGA